AUACUUGAUACUCUGCACAUUUUGGAGCAGCCUCCAAUUUGAAUAAAAGGCGGGGAGUGGAAGCUGUAAGACACCUUCCCAAAGUAAACAGGUAAAUAAAAAGAGGCAUUGGUAUAAUUUUAGCCUUUUGGGCUUUUAUGUAGAAUUGACUAGAAUGCCCUUUAAAUCUGUUAAGUGAUGUAAGUUUCCACGUUUUUCUGGUUGAAAUCUGAGGUUAUUAGUGUAUUUCAAAGGCUUAGAAUGAGGGUCAUAUGUGGACCUUUAUUUCAUUUUAGUGAUUGAUUAAUCUUAAAAGGGAAGCACAUCAUUGUGGCUUUUUUUAGGUAGGGUUCAAAGUUUAGUAUGUUAAGGAAAUUGACUGGGUUUACUUUAAAUUAUAAAAAAAAAAAAAAAAAAAAAAAUGGAAAAGGAAAAGAGAAGAGAGUUAGGCUCAUUUUCUUUCUUUGCUCUAAAAUAAUUAGGCUACGUUAUUAGGAAAAAGGAAAAUAGAAGAGAUUUAGGUUUAAUUUUCUAUCAAAACGUUAGUUGUUGCUUCUGGUUUGCUCAUUAUUGCGAAUUUUAGGUGUUGUAAGCUGAUAAGUGAAGUGAUAUUGGCUAAACAGCCUCGAGUUUGCAAUUUUCUGUACCAUUUUCUGCCUAUAUUACAGAUAUUCUUUAUGGUUAAGCUAUUAAGUUGAGAACUAACGCUCAGUCUAAACUUGGAGGAUUCAGGUUUGGUGAGUUCAGUUUAGUUUGGAAAGACCGGGGAAUCAGAAUCAUGAAAAGCACAAGGGUAUUUUGAGAAUUUAUCAAAAUAAUCGGAGAUGUUGUGGAGAUUCUUGGCGGAAUUUAGAGGGAAUUAAUUAGUCAAAAAGCUACUCAUAAUUUAGAGUUUUCCAAAUGACAAACUACCCUUGUCUUCGCAGCUAAGGAAAUCUCCAAGCAAUGUCCUUUUCUAGGUAGACUUAAAAGACUUGAAUACAAAGUCUUUCUACCGCCAUCCUCAUAUGCUGUUAAAAACAGCUAACGGCUAAGUUUCUAACUUUGAAGUUUCUGAGUUUGAGUUCCCGACAUCACCUUAAUACGAACUGAGCCACCAUAUGGUCCCCUCUUUUAAAAUCAUCCACCAUUUCAUCUAUCCUAAGAGUUAUAUACUCCGUACACUGCACUAAAAAUAAAAUUAAUUAUUAAAAAAAAAAGCAAAUAAUUUACAAGCUAAGAUACCUUGGGUUUAUAUUUUUAAAAAAUUUCGCACUAAUUUCUACAUCUCAUCAAUUUAAAAUUGAUAUUUUUUUUUAACAAUAAAAUUGAUGAACUUGAAUACUAAAAGAAGCAGACUUUAAUUGGCUUAACCCCAAUAAAACAAAAAAGAAAUUCAUAACGAUUUAAGCGAGACAAAAAGUUUGUACUCGUGACCUUGCCUCUUCUAUGGUUAUAUACUAGUAAUUUUCUAUUGUUCACCUAAAAAACUUUCUUUUCAUCCUUAUCUUUAUACGAGAAGUGUUAUUCUUAGGUUGUGAAUACUUUAAAAAUAUAUUUAAAAAAUUAACUCUUAAAAAUACUUAAAUUUGACCAUUAUUAAGACUUACACAUCACCAUUUUAUUACCAAGAUUGCCCAAUUAUAACAUUCUCUCCACCAUAUUUUUUCAAAAACAAAAACGAGAAAAAAAAAAAGCAUAUAUUAUACGACCAAAAAACAAGGUAUUUAUAUACCCACAAUUAGCCAUCAAGUUUGAAAGAGAAAAACAGUAACAUAUCAUCAUCACCACAACCCAUAACCAAAGAAACCAUGGAAAAAACUCAAAAAAGCCACCUUCUUCAUCCUCAAAUAAAACUUCCCUUGAUUUUUUCUCUCCUCCUCUGUUCACUUCUUAGAGCAGAGGCUCAAUCCUACCUAGGAAUAAACUACGGGCUGUUGGCGGACAACCUCCCGCCACCGGAAGCGACAGCGAAACUGCUGAAAACAACACCGUUUACAAAGGUUCGGCUUUAUGGAGCUGACCCUGGUAUCAUUAAAGCACUUGGUAAUACUGGAAUUGGCAUUGUUAUUGGUGCUGAUAAUGGUGAUAUUCCUGCUCUUGCUUCCGAUCCAAGUCAUGCUACUCAGUGGGUUAACUCCAACGUCUUGGCUUUCCCUGAUAGUAAGAUCAUUCUCAUUACUGUCGGUAAUGAGGUCAUCUCCUCAGGGGACCAAGACUUGAUAUCUCAGCUAGUACCUGCAAUGCAGAAUAUUCAAGAUGCUCUUACUGCAGCUAAACUAGAUGGAAAGAUCCAGGUCUCAACGGUCCAUUCCAUGGCUGUUAUGGGUCAGUCCGACCCGCCGUCAUCUGGGGCAUUUGUCUCAGAAUUGGGAGACACCAUGAAGAAACUACUUGAGUUUCAGAAAGAAAAUGGGUCCCCAUUUACCAUUAACCCUUAUCCGUUUUUCGCCUACCAGAGUGAUCCAAGGCCUGACACUCUUGCAUUUUGCCUGUUUCAACCAAAUGCUGGACGGGUUGACCCGGGAUCCAAUAUUAAGUACAUGAACAUGUUUGAUGCCCAGGUUGAUGCAAUACGCUCUGCCCUGAAUGCAUUGGGAUUUAAAGACAUCGAUAUAGUGGUUGCUGAGACUGGGUGGCCAUACCGUGGGGACAGCAACGAAGUUGGUCCUAGCAUUGAAAAUGCUAAGGCUUAUAACGGAGGCCUGAUUUCACAUCUCAGAUCCAUGGCUGGGACCCCAUUGAUGCCUGGAAAAUCAGUAGAUACAUACAUUUUUGCUCUGUAUGACGAAGAUCUGAAGCCUGGUCCAACUUCUGAGAAGUCGUUUGGUCUUUUUAAGCCUGACUUAUCGAUGACCUAUGAUAUAGGCCUCACCAAGGGCUUCAGCCAGGCCCCAACAUCAUCUCCAUCAAAAAGUCCAGCAAAUUCUUCAACAAGUCCAGCUCCAUCAACAACUACGUCUCCCUCAAAAAUUCCAUCAGCUCCCUCAAAAACUCCAUUAGCUCCCUCAGCAACUCCAACAGCAGUACCAGGGACUCCUCCAAAAUCUUCAGGAACGUGGUGUGUGCCAAAGAAAGGUGUCUCAGUCACCCAAUUGCAGGCCAAUCUGAACUACGCUUGUAGUCAGGGCAUUGACUGCAGCAAAAUUCAAGCUGGUGGACCUUGUUAUGACCCCAACACAGUGGCUUCUCAUGCAGCUUAUGCCAUGAAUCUCCUUUAUCAGAAGGCUGGCAGAACUCCCGGGAGCUGUGACUUCACGCAGACAGCUACAGUUACAUCCACUAAUCCAAGUUAUGGUUCUUGUGUUUAUCCUAGUGAUGGGAAUGCCAGAGUAUCGUUGGGAGCUGGCUUAAAUAAAUCUAGUGCGUCAAAAGUUCAUUUUAGUUUGCAUUGGUCAUGCUGGUGGUGUUUAUGUUUCGUACUUUCCUCUUUCUUCGUUGAAUCUUGAAAGCUCAGCUACCUCCCUCUCCCUGAUAUACGCUUCUCUCUUGCUCGCGGAUCACCCACUCUAGUCUUGCAGCUCACUACUAAUUAGCAAGGACAUGAACAUUUGGUGACUGAAAUGAGUCACUAGCUAAAUAUUUAUAGGUUUAUAUAUAUAGUAACAAUCCUUUGAGUUUUGCACUAGUUUGUGGUUGUAAAGUUGUAUGCAGGAAAAUCUUGCUCCUUAGACCAUUCUCAGCAGUGAGGAAAAAAAAAACCUCUCAAUCUCUCUCUA